CAAGAUUAGAAGCAAAAGCACUGCUUGUCAGAUAGUGGCUAGAACCAUGUGGGCGCUGACUUUUUUCGCCGUAGCCGUAGCCGUAGUUCUGUGGCUAAUAUACAGAAAGCGAUGUUUCUCCGUUUUGAAGAAAAUGGGUAUAUCAGGACCAGAGCCAAAUAUUCUGUUUGGGAAUAUGCUAGAAAUAAUGAUGAAAACCCCUAUCAAGUGCCACGAAGAGUGGCUUAAAAAAUAUGGAAAUAUAGUAGGCUAUUAUUUUGGGGCAACACCGAUAGUUUUAGUAGCUGACGUCGAUUUACUGAAAAGGAUUGAAGUUUCAGAUUUCCACAAGUUUAUAAACAGACCAAAUUUGAACUUUCGUUUAGACAAUGCAGACAGCAGAAAAACCCAGAGAGUAGAAGGAUUCAGUCAACAACUCCUUCUACUGAGGGACAAGAAAUGGAAGGAAAUCCGUUCCAUCAUCACGCCUUCUUUUACUGCAUCCAAGAUGAAACAGAUGGCUCCCAUUAUGAACAGUGCCAUCGAUUCCCUGGUAAGCAAUGUAGAAAAGAAAUGUUCAGCUGACGAAUCCUUUGACAUCUAUCCAAUGUAUCAAGGCCUCACCAUGGAUGUGAUUGGAAGAACAGCUUUUGGAAUUCAAACUGACUUGCAGAAUAAUCCUGAUGACCCUUUGCUACGAUGUAGUAAAGUAUUCUUCGAUAGAGAUAUUCGGAAUCCUAUCCUCCUCCUUGGAUUUAGUUUCCAUUCCUUAAAUAUAAUUUGGAAUUGGCUGGUUCGCUUGAUAUUGAUUUUCAAGAAUAAAGGGACGAACCCAAUCAAAGAACUCACUGAUUCAGUAAAGAAAGUCAUAGAAACGAGGAGAAGAAAUAAAGAGAAUAGAAGACCCGACCUUCUUCAGCUAAUGAUAGAUGCUGAAAUCGAUUUGUCAGCUGUAACUUCAGAUGAUUUGAUAGCUAAAGGAGACACUGAAAAUACUGAAAAAGAAACUAACAAUACAAUGUUUUCUAAGCUGGUUCGAAAAAUGACAGAUGCUGACAUUUUGGAUAACUCGUUGCUCUUUUUCUUAGCUGGAUACGAAACCACAAGUACAGCUUUGGCAUUCACAACACAUUUUCUCAUUCAUCAUCCAGAAGCGCAAGAGAAAGUACGAAGAGAAGUGCAGCAACUAUUGGAAACAGAGGGUGAACUUGACUAUUAUUCCGUAAGCAAGUUGCAGUACUUGGAUCAAGUUUUGCACGAGUCAUUGCGAUUUUAUCCACCAGUUUAUCAAUUAGUAAGUCGAGAAUGCAGUGAAGACAUGGAACUCGGGAAUAUAAAACUUAAAAAAGGAAUGGCAGUACAAGUACCCGUUUACCAUGUACAUAGAGAUCCGAAAUUGUGGGGGCCAGAUGUGGAAGAAUUUAAACCCGAAAGAUUUGUUCCUGAAAAUAAAUCCAAAAUUCACCCAAUGGCUUACCAAGCUUUCGGCCAGGGCCCUAGAAACUGUGUUGGAAUGCGAUUUGCCUACAUGGAAGUUAAACUCGCUCUAGCAAGACUGCUGUCCAAGUAUAGAUUCAGACCUUGUUCCCAAACAGAGCAAGAACCACUAACUUUAAAGAUUACACCAGCUACAAUAAAUCCAAAACGAGGAAUAUGGACAAAAGCUGAGCCUUUGUGAUGUUUGUCAUCGAAUUUCGAAGCUGUACGAAACUGUAUAAAUUUCUUAACGUGAAAUAAGUUAAGAUAAAAUUGUGAUUUGUUUGUUAUUAAAAAGUUAAAAUGAAUAACUUUUUGUUUUGUUUUCCACCUUGAAAGAAAUGUGGAUUUCUAUAACUACAUCUAUGUUCCGCCAUUUUA